AUAAUUAUAUUAGUUUUUAAAUUUUCAAUUUGUGCAUAAAAAUGUAGUGUGUGCAUAAUAUACAUUUAAAAUAUAUAUGCGUUCGCCUAAAUUGACCCUUUACGGGUCCCGUACAACGACCCAAGAGGAGUGGCACUUCUGCUGACACAACGGUGGGUAGUGAAGUGUGAAGCUGUAGGGACACUUUUACAUUUGUUGACUUUAUUAAUAUGACUAACAUCACUCCGUCACACCCAGCAAACAUCGGAUAGCGCCGAAGAGACGUGUCUAGCAACAAUACUCGGAGAUCGUGGGGGCGUUGAUCGGAUGACAUUGUUGUGCUCCCAGCUCGGGGAAAUGGCCGCGCUGUAGCUAGCGUGUGUUCGUUAACAUCGGUCAGUGAUGCGCUUCAACGAGAAGGAGAUGGUGCAUAUAAGCCGCCAGCCCUCAGAAAUGGUCGCUGAGCUGGGGAUGCGAGGACCCAAGAAAGGAGACGUUGUGAAGAGGAGGAUGGUGAAACUUGUUGUGAACUUCCUCUUCUAUUUUAGGCCUGAUGAGGAAGAACCUGUUGGAGCUUUGCUGCUGGAGCAGUGCAGGGUGGAGAAGGAGGACAGUCUGACAUUUUCCAUUGCAUUUUUAGAAGAGGCAGAAAGGAAAUAUCUUUUUGAGUGUAAUUCAGAGGAGCAGUGCAGCAAGUGGAUGGACUCCAUUAUCAAGGCCAGCUAUGAGUUCAUGAGGAGGAACCUCAUAUUCUACAGAACUGAGAUCCACAGGCUGACUGGCAAGGAUCCACUGGAGCAGUACGGUAUUUCAGACGAAGCUCGCUUUCAAGUCACAAAUGGUCUGCAACAUACACCGAGAGACGCCUCUUCGAUGUAGCCCAGCACUCUGUCUGGAAUCUUCUUUGUUUUAUUGACAGUUCAUAUUGCCACUCCAGACAAUGCCUGCAUUCCAAAUGGACAACCAGAGGCAUUACUAUAAGAGCUCCAUUGUUUGUACACACUUUUGUUUGAACAUGUCAAACUGCUUUAGCAACGUGUGACUCUGACACCUCUGACUUGGACUAUUGAAUACUUGUCUUUUGGUGUAGGGUGUCAUUGCCCGUUUGUCACGUCACGCCUGUUUCAAUAUUUGCAGUUUAAUAUACUGUAGUUUUUAAAUAUUCAGAUUCUCAGUGGACAAUUUAUUAUCAGGUGACCAUACGGUGACACUUAGAAAAAUUACAAACAAUGUAAUUAUUUCAAGAUGCCUAAUUCAAUUUAAGCUUAGUGAUGGAAUUUUGAAAACUGCUGAGUUGAGCCAUGUGUUUUAUUGUUUUAUUUUCCCUAUCUUAACGACUUGGCUUGUCAAAAUAACUACUUUUGCACACUUUGUUUUGGGAGAUUAUUUUAUAGCAAACAUUUACUUGAAACCUUUAUAUUUGUAUAGCACUUUUAUCCAUAUGUCUUUGGUUAAGUUGUUGGACCAUGCUAAGAUGCAAGACUCUUGACUCCCUAUUGUUUUUGUAUCUGUAACCACAUUAUAUGUGAAGACAUGUAUGUACAUAUGCUGCAAUCUGGUUAAAUGUGUUGAUUUCCAUGCACAAUCAUAAUCAUGUUUCUACUGCGGUUCAAUAUUUUUUUCACUGAGUGUAUGUUUUAUGCUGAGAUUGUUUUAUUGCCUUAAAACUAAUACAGAUUUUAUUUUUAUUUUUUUAAAGAAAAUUUCAGAAUGAAGUAAUUGUGUACUACAUUUAGUGAGAAAUGUUGGUAUUUCAAAGUAAUAUAGUAACAAAGUUACAUUGAAUAUGUUACCAUUUUGAUAUAUAGAUUUUCUUUCCAAUAAGAGCCACAAUGGCGCCGGUAUUAGCCAUAAUUGUUAAUUUAGUUUUACAGGAACAUAAAAUCUCAACAAUUUA